ACGGUUCGAAUUUGGAUUGAGAUUCGGGUUCGCAGACAAAUUGGCAGCUACUUCAAAUGUUACCUGAACUUAUUGUCAAUGUUAUAAUAUGUUGAGGUCGGUUAUAGUCAAGUAAAGGCUGUGAAGUGCCGGAUAUAUCGCCGGUUACGUUGCCGGGUACGGUUUCGAUUAAGGCUCGGAAUUUGUCUCCAAGUGACAACCUCGAUGACUGAAUAUCGUUUAUAUGUUGCGUGUUAAGUUGCUUUUUUUUCUGUCGGUCGUGACAUCGAAUUAUAAUAAUUAGCAUAAAGGGAGACAUUGCCAGGUAAACGACGAAUCGGUAUCCAAAUUCUAGCAAGUGGAAAUUUUGAAAAAAAAAAAUAAGAAUAUAAACAAAGCGCUCAAAUUGAACAGAACUGAAACGAGAAAUUCCAACACAACAUGACACCGACCCCACAGCCAGCAUCGAUCGAUGUUGCCAAUCAAAGUGCCGCAACAAUAACUCAUUCGCUUGGCGCCCAACGAGAUCCCCUGGCCAUUGUAAUACCCGUAACGGUUGUCUAUUGUCUCAUCUUUCUCACCGGCGUGGUGGGCAACAUAAGCACCUGCAUUGUGAUCAAAAAGAAUCGUUCGAUGCACACGGCCACCAAUUAUUAUCUCUUCUCGCUGGCCAUAUCGGAUUUCAUACUCUUGCUGUCGGGCGUGCCUCAGGAGAUGUACUUUAUCUGGUCCAAGUAUCCGUAUGUCUUUGGGGAAUUCUUUUGCAUCGGUCGCGGUCUGUUGGCCGAAACGUCAGCCAAUGCCACAGUGUUGACCAUAACGGCAUUUACGGUCGAGCGUUACAUGGCCAUUUGUCAUCCAUUUUUGGGCCAGGCCAUGAGCAAACUGAGUCGCGCCAUACGCAUCAUAAUCCUCAUCUGGCUGCUAUCCGUGCUUACGGCUGUGCCACAGGCAGCCCAAUUCGGCAUUCAUCACUAUACGGGUGUGAAGAAGUGUGUUGUGGUGCGGGUUAUAGUUCAGCACUCCUUUGAGCUGUCCACAUUCAUCUUCUUCUUUGCACCCAUGUCCAUAAUCCUGGUGCUUUACCUAUGCAUCGGAUUGCAUCUGUAUCGCUCAAAUGUGAUUGGAGGCGGAGGAGCGGCAGUUGAUGGCAGCCAGCGAAGACCGCAGACCAUGAAGACAGUCCAGAGCGAUACCAUACUCUAUCGCUAUGCCGGCACAGGCUCCAUUUCGGGGCCACAGCUCAGCUCGGUGCGGGGACGUCUCAAUCAUUAUGGCACGCGACGAGUGCUAAGGAUGCUGGUCGCCGUUGUCAUCUGUUUCUUUUUGUGCUGGGCACCAUUCCAUGCACAGCGUCUGAUUGCCAUUUAUGCGCCCGACCAUGGCGCCCAGUUGCACGAUCAGCAUGAGCUUCUCUACACGGUGAUGACCUACAUCUCUGGAGUGCUCUAUUAUCUCUCCACCUGCAUUAAUCCUUUGCUGUACAAUCUCAUGAGCAACAAGUUUCGCGAGGCCUUUAAGGCUGUGCUGUUUGGCAAAAAGUAUUUGAAAGGAUCACUGAACUCACGACAUCAGCUAGAGUCUCGUCGAUUGCAUCGCACUACAACACUAAACUCAUCAACGCAAACACAACGCGAUUCGAACGAAUCGAAGCAGACAAUUAUGGAGACUACUCUCAGUGAACGGGUGCCGCAAGCCAAGUCGCAACUUGUUUCGUAAAUUGCAAUUGCAGUUUGCAAUUUGCAAUGCAUAAUGCAACUAAUUAUAGUCAUUUCAGUUGUCUUCUUCUACUUAUAUCAAUAUUUAUCAAUUGCCGCAAAUCUGUCGUAUUUGUGCAAUUUUUAUUUUUGCUGAAUAGUGUUAAUUUAUUAUAAUCUAUCCAUUGUUUAUAAAUUAACCCCAUUGUUUAGCAUUUAGUUUUAUAUUGUUGUUGUUGACAAAUAUUGUUAUUUUGCUACUGCUACCAAAGCAUUUAGUACAAGUUCUUAUUUCGAUUAUUUAUGUCUGAGGCGAUGCAAUCAAGCAUUUAAUAUUUAUAAUUCUAUAUUGAUCACCUAAUGCUUAUAAUUUUUCCUUUUUAAUUGAGUUGUUUAA